CUGAGGGGGAAAAGGAAAGGGCCUGAGGCUGCUAGGAAUGGUGGGAGUUGAAGUCCAAAACGCCUCAAAGGCCCAAGUUCGCCUCUAGGAAUUGGGCCUUCUCUGGUUGAGCCAGAACAGGCCUCCUUGGCAGCCCCUCACUUGGGCCAGGCCUCUCCCCUCAGGUUGAUGAUGAUGAUGAUGAUAUGAGAGGCUGCGUUGGCGAGGGAGGGCCGGCAGGGGGCAGCUGAGAGGCCUCCACUUCCUCGGCUGGAGAACCCUGCAGAGCCUCCUCCUCCUCUUUUGCACCAUGACCAUCAGCGCCCUCCGCCCCGGAGCAGGGGGCAACUCCCGCCUGCAGCUGCCCUGCCUGGCCAAGAUGGAGCGGGUGGUGGUUGGCAUGCAGGACCCAGACAUGGGCGUCAAGGUGCGCAGUCAGCGCCUCCUCAUCACCGUCAUCCCCCACGCCCUUACUGGGAGUGACAUUGUCCAGUGGCUGGUCCAGAAGUACGCCAUUUCCGAGGAAGAGGCCCUCCACCUGGGCAACCUGAUUGUGCGGCAUGGCUACAUCUACCCACUGAAGGACCCCCGCAGUCUGGCCCUGCGCCCAGAUGAGACCCCCUACCGCUUCCAGACGCCCUAUUUCUGGAUGAGCACCAAGUGGCCGGCCACAGAGCUGGAUUAUGCCAUCUACCUGGCCAAGAGGAACAUCCGGAAGCAGGGGGAGCUCAUUGGGCAUGAGAAGGAUGACUACAAUCAGCUGCACAAGAGGAUCAACCACAGCUGGGACUUCGUGGUCAUGCAGGCCAGGGAGCAGCUCCGGGCGGCCAAGCAGAGGCGAAAGGGUGACCGUAUUGUCAUCGAGUGUCAGGAGCAGGCCUAUUGGCUGGUCAACAGGCCCCCCCCUGGGGUCUCAAACGUCUUGGAGCAGGGCCCUGAGCGCCGGAACUGCCAUAGCACCCGAGUGCAGCUGUCACUAACACUGCUGCUGAUGUGUUGCUCAGGGGGGUUGGAGGGUCCAUGGGCCUUGCUGGGGGGGGGGGGGGCAGCAGAGGGGCCUCCUCCAUUAAGCAGACUGGGGCCUGCUCUUCCUAUUCCCUCUCCCCUCUGCCUGGCUAUCCUAUCUGCUGAUGGCCAGUUGGGGCAUUGCCUAUUUGCCCCUCUGUGUGACAGAAGGCGGGGAGCAAUUGCUGGGGAGGAGGGUGGUGGGACACACAGAAUGGACCUGAUUGCUCUCUGUCUCUCCUUCUUGCAGGAGAAGAACACUGACUUCUAUAAGCGGGAGAUCCGCUACUUCCGUGCGGCCAUGGUCCGCACUCGCGUCAAGUCCUCCGUCUGCCUUGAAGGUUACAUCCGGUUCAAUGAGCAGUAUGUGCCCCAUGACCCCGUUAUGUCCGGCUGCCUCCCCAGCAACCCCUGGAUCACAGGGGAUACCAUGUACUGGACCAUGAAUGCCCCCACGGUGACUGCUCCCACCAAGCUGCGGGUGGAGCGCUGGAGUUUUGGCUUCAGUGAGCUCAUAGGGGACCCCCUUGGCCGUGUCCAGCUCUUGGAGUUCCUCAAGAAGGAGUUCAGUGCUGAGAACCUGAGCUUCUGGGAGGCCUGUGAGGAGCUGCGCUACGGAGAGCAGGGGCGCAUCGCAGAGAUCGUGGACUCCAUCUACCAGCAGUUCCUGGCCCCUGGAGCCACCCGCUGGGUCAACAUUGACAGCAAGACCAUGGAGCGGACCCUGGAGGGCAUCAAGACCCCGCAUCGCUACGUGAUGGAUGACGCCCAGAUGCACAUCUACAUGCUGAUGAAGAAGGAUUCGUACCCCCGUUUCAUCAAGUCUGACCUCUACAAGAACCUGCUGGCGGAGGCCAUCAUCCCUCCGGAGACCAAGAGGCGCGUGUUUCCCUUCAUGCGCAAGCCCCGCCAUGCCAGCCCCAGCCCCGCCCUGCAGCAGCUGCCUCCGGGGGACUCCGAGGGUCGAGCGGAGCCGGAGCAGCCGGAAGGAGGCACCUAGCCUUUGUGGGGAAGAAGGAACGAAGGAAGGAAUAAAGGGAGAGAGGCAGUUGUUUCGUCCCAGCAAUUAUGCUCCUUUGGAUCCAGACUGGGCCCCCUCUCUCCUCUCCAAGCACAUGGAGCAAGGCCUACUUACUAUGCACCCCUUCUGCUGCCUCAGUGCCCAGAAUAACAGUCCUCGCUCCCGGCUGAGCCGCCUUUCCUCAGGAAUCCCCACUCUCUUCUGCCUCACUGACUCCCCUCUGUGGGCUUUUGGUCACUGUGCCUCACCCCCAUUCCUCUUUUGUGCACGACAGGCAAUAAACCCCCUUUUGAGACCAA